AUUCGCCUCUUUUCCUUCCACCUUCAAAACCUCUUUUUUCUGUAACAAACUCAACGCGGUCUGGUUCAACUCAGAGCGAGACGUUAAUCAAUCAAUGGCUUUAUGCAUUGUCCUUCUUUGACCUACAUAAAUUCUCUCCUACAAAAGAUCUUCCUCCCAAUGCUACGACGGGAACAUCCUGCCAUGAGUUUUCACUUUAACCCUAAUUUCUCUCUGUAUUUUCGACCCCACUCAUCUGGAAAUGUCUUGAUCGGAGCCAACCAUACUUCUGCUCGGUUUUGUUCUCGAUAAUCUUCAUCUGUUUUCUUGUUUGUUUCUUGAUUUUUUAGGGGUUUUUUUUUUUUUACUGUACUCGUGCAUUUGAAGCGCUGAUUCUCUGGCAAGUGUAAAGGCGACGGGUUCCGCCAUGCGAAGGUUUCUUUCUCUGAGGAAUUUGGUUAGGGCACUCCUUAUUCCUGUACUUUUAUUAGUUGCUCAUUUUUCAUACGUCGUCAUUACCACUGGUGAGUCUUGUAUCACUGGAAAUUUCUGUUUCUCGCCCAAAAUUUCCAAUUAUCGAGCCUCUGGUUUACAUCCCAGAGCAUCGGCGAUAAUCGAUGGCGCAGCUCCCACAGCUGAAGAACUGUUGCGUCGUGAUCUUUAUACUAGUAAAGGUUGGAUCAAGGCCGUUCAGUUUUAUUCUUCAAUCUUUCAAGAUCUGCUCUCCGUAGGGUUUCUUUCUCACAAAUCGAAAUCUCUGUGCGUGGAAACCCCCAACGGGCAGGAUGUAUUUUCCUUGAAACAGAUUGGGGUUUCGGAUUCGAUUGGAAUAUUCAAGAAAGCCAGUAAGCCUCUGGUGAUAAAGGGCGAAGGACACGAGAUCCCGUUCGGUGAUAAUACCUUUGACUUUAUUUUUUUGGGCGUUGGUCGCCUUGAUCAGUCAUCCCGGCCGGCAGAUUUUGCCAGGGAAAUUACUCGGACGCUGAAACCCGAAGGGUUUGCCGUUGUCCAGAUUAGAGCUAAAGAUACGUACAGCUUUCACUCAUUCAUUGAUUUGUUUAAUUGCUGCAAAAUAGUUACAUCGCAGGAUAUAAACGGCCUUGAUUCCUCAAUGCCUUUCCUUCGCCAGAUUGUUCUGACGAAGGAGAGUGAUGAUAGUCUUGGUCAUGGUGAUGUGUUAACGCAUCACACAAAGUCUGAUGGUAAGUGUUCUAUUCCCGGAUUUAAGGAAGAAUUGAUCCGAAAGGCCGAGCCAUUGAUCUUAGAGGAGCCACUGAAGCCAUGGAUUACAUUGAAGCGGAAUAUUCAAAAGAUAAGAUAUCUGCCAUCCAUGGCUGAUAUAAGCUUCAAGCAGAGGUACGUUUACGUUGAUGUUGGAGCGAGGAGUUAUGGCUCUAGCAUAGGAAGUUGGUUCAGGAAGCAGUAUCCGAAGCAGAACAAAACCUUCGAAGUUUAUGCCAUUGAAGCUGACAAAAUUUUUCAUGAACAGUAUAGUUCAAAGAAGGGGGUCAAGCUUUUGCCAUACGCAGCUUGGGUAAGGAAUGAAACUUUGACGUUCGAAAUUAACAGAGACCCAGGUCAGAAGGUCCAAGAUAAGGGGAGGGGAAUGGGUAGGAUUCGACCGGCGGUAGCAUCAACGGGGGCUUUCGAUGGUGAAGUGGAUGAGAUUCAGGGCUUUGAUUUUGCUGACUGGUUGAAAAAUACCGUUACUGAGAAGGAUUUUGUAGUGAUGAAGAUGGACGUGGAAGGAACUGAAUUCGAUUUGAUUCCGAGAUUGUUCAAGACCGGUGCUAUUUGCUUGAUAGAUGAGAUAUUUCUCGAGUGUCAUUACAAUCGGUGGCAGAGAUGUUGCCCUGGCGAGAGAAGUGCAAAAUAUGACAAAACUUAUGGCCAAUGCUUAGAUUUGUUUAUUUCCUUGAGGCGAAGUGGAGUUCUUGUUCACCAGUGGUGGUGAGUCCGUCUCUACAUGGGUGAUUGGUUUACAGGAUUCGGACGGCUGGGAAUCAAAAUUACUUUUGCAACCAUGUUUGCUUCUUCACGCAUGCAUCAAUAAAUCUUCAUCUGCCACUCUCCUUCUCGCACUCUGUGAACUGGUUAAGUUUGGAAAUGUAAUCUAAGGCAAGAAAACAACACGGGGGUGAUAGGUGGAAAAUUCGACUUGCCAUCAUCGGGGCGGUUUGGUUACUGUAUGAUGCACACUUGGGCAAUUCCGCCCUUAGUUUAAGCAGUGCUAUUUUGUACCACUAAAUUUGUAGUAGUUCAUAACCAUACAAUGUAAGUUGAAAUUCUUUCGCUCAUUUUGCAAUAUUAUUAGUAGCUUUAGAUCUUCA